GAAGAAACAAUCAAUGAAAAAGUUUAUAGUGUUCUAGAAAGUGAUUUUCAAUGUUCAAUUUGUAAUGAAUUAAAGGUUAAGGCGUGUACAAUUAAUUGCAGCCAUAAAUUUUGUGAAAUUUGUUUAAAUACUUGGUUGAAAAAUAGUGAAGUGUGUCCUCUUUGUCGAACUUUAGUUUACACCAAAACUCUUUGUCUCUCUCUGGAUAAUUUUAUUACUAAUAUUUGUAAUCUUCUUGGGAAUGCAAUAAAAGAACAUCGGGAAAAAGUACAACAAGAAAAAUUGACAGUUAAUGUCCCACGAGUAGAGAAUGCACCACAAACUGCUAUAGAAGAGGUGGUAGAAGAAGAGGUAUAACUCAACGUCGAAAUACACAACCUGCACAUGUUCAAUAAGAAAUAGUGCAAAGAAUUCAUGAAGUUAUGUUUUGAAAAAUACCUGAAUUUUUAACUAAUGUAAUACAUUUUAAAAAUUCCAAAAGAAA